AUGCCAGUUUCCGCCGAGACCUUCGAAGCCAUCUCGCACAAAAAGGCCUUAUACGGCCGGCUUGUCGACAAGAAGCAGCUGGACAAGUUCGACCGGGUCGCUGUCCCAGACUGCUCUUUCAGCUUCCUCGACACAGAGGGCAAUCCCAUCACUAGAGACGGUCUAACAUACGUCUUCCCCUCUCUCGACGCCUUCUCGUCCCACAUGGCCAUCUUCCUAACCAGGACGCAAACACUGCACAUGUUCGGACCAGGCGACAUGAGAUACCUGACACCGGAGAAAAACGAAGUCGAAGCGAUCUGGUCCAUGGAGGACCAGAUCAUCUGGAAGGAUGAGAAUCCACCUAUCCAGAUGAGAGGAGGUGGCUACUACUAUGAGACGUGGACGUUGAAGCACGGGGAAUGGCUUCUCAAGUCCUUGAGGUUGGAGAGGACGUACAUGAAGGUACUCUUCGAUAAAACUCCUGAUCAAACUCCUAAAUCUGUGGGUAUCCCUCGCGCCUAA